UCUGACACAUCGAAAUCUAGUUUCCUUGAACCAGAAUUAGCACACAAGGUUUUGACGGAGAUUGUGUACGUCAGUUCUCUCAGGGUGACAAGGUUUACGAAGGUCUCUCUUGAGGGUGUACUUGCUGUUCAAAAUCUCCAUUCUGACUGAAUGUGCAGACGAUGAGGUGAAGGACUAGGAGAGGUAUCUCACCUGGUAUCUGAGUUCCUUCUCGCAGAUUUUCUGUCGGUGUGUGGAACCUGGCUUCGAAGGUGGAGGAAACGAAAUCAUCUGCGGAUUCUUUCUCACAAGCAGCGAGCUGAACUGCUAUAUAUAUGAGUCUCCUUCAGCUGAGAGUCAGAGCUACUCCAUGUUCAACAUCCGAAUUAGAGGUUGAUGGCGACCACUGAAGAGGAGAGUACAGAUUAAUUGUAGGGGAAGCAACUUGCACUUCAGAUAUCUAGCUCCCCUUGUCACAGUCUACGACUUGUUGAUCUUAUUGCUCUAAAGAUGGAGGACUAUUUCGAUCGAUUCGUGGGCUCUCGACUAGUAUCUUUCAAAAUUACUGAUUUCACUAGGACACACUUGGUGCUUUCGCUCUUUGACAAUCAGCAGACAAGAGACAUUCGUCUCGCUUGCAGAACUGAUCUCAAGUGCCCCUGGAUAGAUGAAAGUCCUCCAGAGCUUGGACAUUUUGCGACUCUGUUGAAGAAGAUUUGCGACACGACAAAUGGCGCUGAGGUAGAACUCAUCGAGACGGGCAACAUAAGAGGGCACUAUGAUCCUGAUUGUGGGAAGAAAAUAUGGUUUGCAGUGAUGAGGCUUGAGCUGAGAUGGGGUGAUUACACAAUAAUCCUCAAGGACCUUACGGCUUCUGGCUCAUGGCCCCACGAUGUUCCUUUCAGACAAGGAAUGUAUCUUAUUAAGGAUUGACAUCACCGAUAUCACGAGGCUUCACACAUGGGAAAAAAACCGUUGAUGCUAAGUUCUGAACCAUGGUUGAUACCUGCUUCAUUGAAGGAAUGUCCUCAGAAGCUGUGAUUAAUCUUCUCUAGAGCAUGUUGGCCAUGGAGCUCGAAGAUUGAUACCUUCUACAUCGAAGGGAUUUCCUCAGAAGCUGUGAUUGAUCUUCUUCAAAUCAUACUGGCGAUGGACCUUGAAGAUUGGUACCUGAUACUUCGAAGGAUUAUCCUCAGAAGCUGUGAGUAAUCUUCUUCAAGACAUAUUCCCAUGGUCUUUGAAGAAUGUAAAACUCUCCUUAAGAGGUACCAUGAAGGAAAUCAUCAGGGGAUUGCCAAGUUGUGUGAAUAUGAUUGACUCUACGAUAGCUGAGGUUUAUUAUACCAUGGUGGUGGUUUGGUCAACAGUCUACAAUUAGAAAAUGUAUUUCAGCCUGCCGUAUGUGUGCGUUCCAAUCAUCGGAAUAUAGUGAAAGUCUUACUCAGAACUGAGAAUUGAUUACCUUCACAAGAAUCGAACUCUUGAUCAUCAUACACUGAGAAAUUACUGAAGCUAUCGUUCAUAUACAUUUGAGUUCCUUUUCUACUCCAUGUCCUGCCGUUGAAUGAGCUGCAGAACGUAACUCAUGUCUGUCUUUGAGUCAUUCAAAGUGACAAUUUGAGCCCCGCUGCUACGUUGGAAAUGGUCAUAAGGAUAUUCAAAGUUAGCUCAGGCUGUGCAAUAUGCUGACAAUUUUUCGCCA